UAUUCAGCAUGUCGACAAUGACGCCGCGGCGGUCGUACUCCACGCGCGCUAUGCGCAAGGACGAGCAAUUCACUCGAAGCUUGGAAUCGCCUCUCCGACUAGAAUCAAGCGCGCGCAAAUACUUCGAACCCCUCCAGACCAUGGCAGAUCGCGUCGGAAAGGAUGUCGAGAUAUUCGCCGAGAAGCUAGAUCAAUGGUACACCGCUAGCCACGACCUGCCUCCGCUCGAGAAAUACAAUGAGACUCUGAACAUGCUUUCGAAGUUCCAGAAGCAUGCGGAAAAGAAAGUGGAAGAGUUGGGGAAGAGAGAGGCUGCCGCAAAUCGAGGAGACCUUGCGAAAGACGUUCGGAGACGGAUACAUAGCAUGGCCAACACCCCUCGGGGUAGUCUGGGUCCUGGAGGUGACGACGGAUCGGUAAAAUCCAUGUCCACAAACUUAGGCACGUCGCCCAAGCUACAGGAAUUGCGGCAUUGGCAGAAUGAGGCCGCUUCCUGGAACCUCCUUCGAAUUAUGAUCGACUUGUACCACCCUCCGCCUGGAUAUAACGCCCUAGCAGACAACCAGAAACGUCUGUCUGAGGUAGAGGCCGAGUAUGGUGACCGCCCUGAUCUGGAAAUCUGGAAGCGGUUCCUCGUGGAGGACGCGGCGGCCAUGGAGAAAUCAAAGAUACUAAAAUGGCUAGAAGAGUCAGCCGACAGUAACGAGAGCGACAUCGAGUCGAUAAAGGAGCAAUUGGGGACCGAAUCAGGGAAAGACAUCAGCAAUUGGACGAAUGGAUGGCUAGACACUAAGUCUAAGAUCAAGGCUGAGAAGCGCCGGCGUCUAAUUGGUCAUCCUUUGCAUCCGGAUGAAGUCUCAAUCAAGUCUGCUGACGGGACUCAAAUUCUAGUCACCCAUCUCGAUCCUGACGCGCCCUCUAGGCAAGGACGAGCUCUAGUAAAGUCGGAUGAUUACUAUGAGAGGGCUAUGUGGAUGACUUGCUACGAAAUGCUCCGACGCGGGAAGCCCUGGGAAGAGAUCUGCGAAUGGUGUCAAGACCACAACGAGUCUUGGCGGGGAGUUAGUAUGGGCUUGACCAACGGCAGCGCAGGAGACGCCCCAACAUGCCUGACCGGACCCUAUCUCGGGAGCCUUUGGCGUCGUACAUGCUACGCGCUCGCUCAAGGAAGCGAUAUUCGUUACGAGCGUGCUGUAUACGGGCUGCUCAGUGGCGAUCUGAAAUCUGUUGAAGAAGUCUGCCGGACCUGGGACGACCAUCUCUACGCCCGCUACAAUGCACUGCUCCUCUCGCAAUUUGACGCAUACCUUCAGGCCAAUUAUCCCGACAAGCUCCCCCCGAGCUUGAUUCGCAAAUUUUCCACUUUCGACGCCGUAUCUUUCCACGGAGACUGGUCGACGUCCAACCGUCGAGUGGUCGAGCUGCUAGAAGCGCAAAAGAGCACAAAAUCGCAUGCAAUGACGCCCACGAAGCUUAUACAAGGCAGUCUAAUUGCUAGGAACUUCAUCUAUCUCGCCAGGAGAGUCGGCUGUGCGUUGGUAGCGAAGCACAACGCCAGGGAUUUCGAACUGCAUCCUGAGUACGAGCUGCCUAAGUUUGAAACUUCACAUGAGGACUACUACGCAGUAGUCCAGGACACUGAUAACCUGCGUAUCGUUGUUCACAUACUUCUGAUAUUCAAAGCACUUGGAGCACACAUCCCGAGUGAUGCAUACGAGCAGAUGGUCGACAACACCAUCGUUAGAUACAUCAUACUCCUCAAGGAAGCCCGACGCUUCAAGGUCAUUCCUACCUACGCAGCCCAGCUGGCGGAGAACCGACAAGUCCGCGUCCUCGCCUCCGUCUUGCCCUCCCUUAACAAUUUCCACGAGCAGGGUGAAAUGUGUAAGCUCAUGGAGAUUAUUGGCAUAGACACCAUGGACGUCGUGGCCACUUGCUAUAUCGUUGCUGGGGAGGAAAGCAAACUCAUGGACGAGUCGAAGUACAUCAAACGAUAUAACAUGCUAGAAGUACCGACUUCCGAAGAAUAUCUCUGGCCUGGUCAUCGGACCAAACAGGACUUCCUCGACUGCAACGUCGCAACUCCCGAGAUGGAUGUCAUUGACAGUCUAGAGUGGUUCCUGCACGUGAAAAUGAAUAUGACGGCGACUUUCCUAUCCCUGAGCGACGCUAUGAAGAUGUUCCUCCUCAACGGCCGCGUCGGCGCAGCGAUCGAACUCUGCAAACGCCUCCCCGCCCACCGCGUCUCCCAAAUGAAGACGAAACCCUACUUCGGCAGCGCCCUCAACUUCACCGACUCUGAAGGCGACGCAGAGCGAGCAGCGCUCGAGCGCAUCGCGUUCCCGGUCGGCAUCUCCCACCCCGACGACCCGGAUCUCACCUUCGGCGGCUUCGUCCGCUACCAGUUCGACCGCUGGGCCGAAGACGCGCGCACCUACAUCGACCUCUGCACGCUUGUGACGGCGAUCAAGGCGCUCAGCGAGUGGCGCGAGCAGGAGGACGUCUUCAUCCGCGCGAAAGAAGAGAACAAGAAGGUGCCCACGAAGCGCAUCAAGGAGCAGAUGGAGGGUAUCCAGCAUGCGGUCGAGCCGCUGCUGCAAGGGUGUUUGACCACGAGCAGUGAUGACGAAGAAGCCUCCCAGCUCGAGCUCAUCCGCCACAUCUACCUCCCCGACGUUAUCUUGGCGUAUAACAGCACCCUCCUCGCCAGCGCGCACUUCGUCUCGCGCGAGUGGGCGACCAAGUCGAUGGAGCUCGCAGCGGCGAUCGCGGACGAGGCCAAUGCAGAGCUGGCGGAUGCGUUUGUGCAGACGGGGCGUAUGGAGGAGCUAGUGACGGCGUUUGCGGUGACGAGUAAGGCGAUGGUGCGGCUCGGGGAGCGGGCGCCGAAGAGCGGCAGCAAGAAGAGGGGGUGGAUGGGGGAGAGUACCCGGAUUUGGGAUUUGAAUGUGAGGAAUUAGGGGUGGGUAGGAGCCGUGGGGGGGUGAGCGGAUCGGAUGGUAGAUUAGCGUAAGCGUGGGAGCGGCAUUAGACUUGGCAGUUCAAAAUUCUGAGAUUUUGCUUCAUAGAUCGGAUUGAUUGGAUGAAUGCAUCGUGUUUGUCUGUCUGGCUGUGUUGUCUAGGUACGUGCGGAAGCAUUGCUGUUGUACAUUUUGCGGACCUCUUUCUCGCUCGUUUUUGCUAUCCAAUCAUGACGUAUAUAAAUAAGGGAAAAUUGCAUCGUGGAAGUGCUGGAACCACUUGUAGCGAUAGUCGAUCAACAGAAAGGAAACCACAAUGGGGAACCACCAGAACGCCCUUCCCCAUUUUCCCAGAUCAUCCCC